UUAUGCAGCUCUCAAAGCUAGAGAAUAUCUUGAUAAGCCUGCAAUACAUGAGACAAUGGUGAAGGUUAGCGCUUAUCUGCUUGGAGAAUACAGCCAUCUUUUGGCCAGACGACCUGGGUGUAGCCCAAAGGACAUUUUUGUCAUUAUACAUGAGAAGCUUCCUACUGUAUCGACUCCAACAAUAUCCAUUCUUCUCUCAACAUACGCAAAUAUUUUGAUGCACUCUCAACCACCAGAUCCCGAAUUACAAAACCAGAUCUGGGCAAUAUUCAGCAAAUAUGAAACAUGCAUUGAUACUGAGAUACAACAAAGAGCUGUACAGCUAUUCAUUUUCAAUAGCACACUUGCAAAAAUUUUAAACUUUUAAAACCCAUCUUAGAAGGACUAAAGGUUAGAAAGGAGAAGUAAUGAAGCUAUGAGUUGAGAAAAGAGUAAUCACAGCAAGGUCUCUAAAACAGACCUGCUGUUCAAAAUGGAUUUACUCCAAAAUCUAAAACAGAAACAUAGCUUUAACUAAAUUUUAUAGGAAACUAUGAUUAUUCA